UUUUUUCGCGUCCCUCUUUCGUUUUCCCCCCUUUUGAAACCCUAACCCUAGCUCUCGCCUCCGUCGCCCCCUUUCGCGCUUUUACUCCCGAUUUCGCGCUCGAUUUCCUUCUAAAAACCCUAGAUCUCGAUCGUGACCGCCUCGAUCCCCUCGCCUCCGGUGCGGUUUCCUUGUUUAUUUGCCUCCCCACGCCGCCUGGGGGUGAUCUUUUUUGAAGGAUUUUGGGGGUUGGAGUUUGGAAAGAGCGAUGUCUCGGUGCUUCCCUUUUCCACCGCCGAAUUAUCGCAGGGAGGAGAAAGGUUGUUCGCUGACCCAAUCGAUUAAGGUUUGUUGAGCGUUGCAAUUGAUUUCAUUGCGUUUCUGCUCGACUCCCUUUUGAUUGGUCGGUUCCCUGGCGGCCUCCCCUUUUAUGUGAAAAAAACAAAAGAAAAUAAACCCCAUCGAAUAUGUAAACACCAACAUAUAUGAGAAUCCUGUUGUUGCUGUUGUUGUUGUAUUUUGUAAUAGAACCAACUGUUAUUGGGAUCGUACACGUGUGAAGUAAUCUGGGUUUUAUUGGGGUUGUUAGUCUUAAACAUCAAGGGCUGCUGUUGUUGGAUAAAUCUAGAGGUUGUUUAGGGUCAUGGGUAAUUUGUGGAUUGAUUUAUGCUGGAAUCAUUAUGCGGAGAAGUUCCAUUUUUUUGGAUUUGGCUAUUAUGCUGUCCUUUUUAGUAACCCUAAUCGUGAUAAUAUGCGGUUAGGUCCCGCUCUCAUCGCAUUUGCAUUUAACUAGGGCUAAGAUGUAAGAUCUGAUUGGCAGUACAAAAGGCAUUGACUUAACUCGGCGAGAUGAAGUGUUUUGACUUGUGGCAUAGUUAAGAGUGAUGAACGGCGGAGUUUCACUAAUAAAAACGCUAUGCGGAGAAAAUGCAAUGCAGUCUAGUCAAGGUUUCUUAAAUCAGGAUCAGACUAAUCUUGUUAGAUAUAUUCAUUUGUCAAAAUAAGUGGAGUAAUGUUUUUGGGUCAUCCAACCAGCUAAACAGUGCUUGUAUGAACUAGUUUGGUCAUAUAGGUGUUGCUCCAUCGGCUAGUUUGCUUUUCUGUGUUUAGCUUGUUCCAGUUGGCUAGUAAUUCUUCUCCGAGUUUAGCAUGUUGGUAGGUAAAAGUGUUCCACUUAUCAUAAUUUUGUAUGCGGAGCUUAACUAUGAGAUAGUGACGAGUCCAAGAAUGCAUUUCUGGUAUUUAAUGGGCCUUUUGUGAUUCAUAAUGUUAGUUCUAUGCAGUCUUAUGUUAUAGGACAAUGGUGUAGGUUUUUUCUCAGGUUAGUCGAUAUUCUCUAGCUCUUGAGUGACAUCGGAUGUUGUGCUGCCCUUUGAAGUAGGUUGUUGGUGCUUCAAUUAAGUGGCCUUUUUUAUUGUAAAAUCACUCUGUCCUGUUAUAUUGUUUUUCCUGAUUUUCCCGUAUUACAAUUAGUUUCAGGUUGCUGCAAGCCAAAGAACUCCCUCCUCCUCCUUUUUUGCUUCUCAUCCUUCCUUUGUGGGGAAUAAAUUUUUUUCCUUUGAUGACAUUUGUUCUCUUAGGGGUUUGUUUUGUUUGCUUUUUGUUUUUUAACUUUUGGUGUUUAAGGUGAUUGGUGAUGGCGGUUAUAAAAAUAUAGGUACAUAGCAUUGCUCUUAAAGUACCUUUUGGUGGGCAUGAAAUAUGAGAAUAGGGUAGGCUAUGCAGUUUGGAAUUUCCUCAUUAUUCUAGAACUUAGUUGUGGUUCUUUGGUGUGUUUGAGUGAUAUUUAGUGAGUAGCGAGUGGAUUUUUCGGGACCAUUGCCACGGAUAUUAUAGCACAAAUUUAGGCGUAUCAUUUUGAGGGUGGACAUUAAUAUACUGACCUCAUUUUCAUCAAAGUUCAUAAAUUGUGCAGUUCUUCCGGUUUCUUUUUCUACAGACAGCUGUUAUGCAUUAAUAUGAAAUACUGCCUUCAUACACAUCGCCUAGUAUGAAAAUGGAUGCUUGUAAAUCAUGUGGCUGCCCUUCUAAAUUCGUCUUUUGGGUAUUUGAUUUGCUUUCCCAUCAUAUAUAUUGUGUGGGAAUUGACAAAAUCUGGUGCACUGAAGCUCCAGAGAGAUCAAGAAACAGCAAAGGAAAGAAGGAAAGAGAAAAAGAGGGAGAAGAAAGACAGGAAAGAGAAAAGGGAUAAAUCUAAGGACAAAUGUGAGACUUCGAAACACCGGGAACAUGGCCACAAGAAGCGGAAGCAUGAAGAGAUAAAAGAGCUGCAAAUGAAUGAUUGCUACCAGCAAGCGAAAGCAGAUAAAGUUGCAACUGAGCAGUUAGAAAAAAGUGAGCUAACCGAAGAGCAUGAGCUGCCGUCUCAUCUUCCCCAAGAACCCUGUGACUCUUCUGAAAGCACUCAGAACAGCUCCAAGAGCAGGAAGCUUGAAGCUGGCAAUAUCAGCAGUGGCAACAAUGGUGGUACAGUUCUCCGCUUAAGGUUGCCAUUGAGAAAACAUAAUGAUCAGAAACCGACUUCUGUCAAUAAUGAGCCAUGCUUCUCAGGUAGAACCAUCGAAACGCCAAUAGAGCAAGAGUUGUGCAAUAAUGCAGGCAGAGCUUCCAGUUCUACGAUAAAGAGUGCUAAGAAAAUUGAAGUAUUGGCCGAGAGAAAGAUGAGCAAUAAUGCCAACGUCCAAUUGGCUGCUAUGACCAAGAGCAGUAAGAUAACUGAAUCUCUAAGGGGAAUGGACUUGGGUUAUAAUGCUCGCAGCCAUUCCAGUAGGAUCCAGAGCUGCAAGACAAUUGAAGCUCCAAAGGAGCAAAAAUUGGUCAAUAAUGCUCUCAUCAGCUCUAGUUCUGGGAUAAAGAAUGCUAAGAAAACUGAAGCAUCUGCUGAAGGAAAGCUCAGCAAUACUUCCCACAGUCGACUGAGUGCUAUGACCAAGAGGAGCAAGAUAACUGAAGCUCCCAGAUUGAUAGACUUGGGUCAUAAUGCUCAUAGCCUUUCCAGUGAUAGAAUUGAGAGUUGUAAGACAAUUGAAGCCCCAGCUGAGCAAAAAUUGGUCGAGAAUGCUCACAUCCCCUCCACUUCAGAGAGCAAGAGCAGCAAAAGAUGUCGGAAAAUGGACAGGAAAUUCAGCGAUCUAAUAGACAACUUGAAACCUGCACCGUUGCUUCUCGAUGCUGAACUUGGCUCUGAAGAUCUUGGGUGGCUUUUUGAGAAACCAUGUCGAGAUCGUGCAAAUGUUCAGAGUUCUAGCACCAGCAAUGCUGUUGAAGAUCGGAGCAAUGGAAGUUUCUCGAGUUGUUUCCAGCCAAAGGCCUGCUAUUUGCCUGAGUUUGAAAUGUAUCGGUUGCCAUAUACUAUCCCAUUUUGAACUCUGUAGUUGAGGAAACAUGAUUAGAGUGUUGUGGAGAGGCAAUUUUUUGUGUUGUCUUGUGUCUGGGGUUUUGAUCUUACAUUUAGACGUAGAGAGGAAUUUGUUUGGGAUGCGGUUUUCUCCCGCAUUCUAUAUCAAUAUAGAAUUCCCCAAUUUUGCCAAUGUUUACGUGUCUACUGUUACGAUCGAUUGAAAUCUUUCUCCAUAAA